CCUCCCAUUCUCACCGUGCAUGUCAGGCUCAGGGAGCGUGCAGCGCGGCGAUCGGCAGUGCGCUGUGUCCCACGGACACAGCGGAUCACCAAUCACGAAAAGAGCCAAAGAUGUCGGCUCGGUCAUGUGAUCAGCUGUGUCCAAUCACAGCUGAUCACAUGGGACAUGUACACUGAUCAUCAGGGCACUGAUGAUCAGUGUGCCCUGAUGAUCAGUGUAGCCCCAGCAGUGCCACCUGUCAGUGUCCAUCAGUGCCUUGUGUCAGUGUUCAUCACUGCCUCAUGCCAGUGCCCAUCAGUGCCAGAUCAAUGCCACAUAUCAGUGCCUACCAGUGCACAUCAAUGCCACAUAUCAGUGCCCAUCUGUGCUGCCUUUCAGUGCCACCCAUCAAUG